AUGUCGACAACAUUGGGAUCCUUCAUUGCGGGCGGCAUUGCGGCGUGCGGCGCCGUGACGGUUACACACGGAUUCGAGACGGUAAAGAUUCGAUUACAACUGCAGGGAGAACUGCAAGCGAAGAAGGAUGCACCCCGGUUGUACAGGGGCGUGAUCCACGGCGUGGGUGUUAUUCUGAAGAAUGAAGGACCCAGAGGCUUGCUCCGAGGCUUGAAUUGCGCCUAUGUCUAUCAGAUGACGCUCAAUGGUUGCCGAUUAGGCUUCUACGAGCCCACGCGCAAGUUCAUCACAAACGCCAUUUACAAAGACGACUCGGUGCAGUCCUUCGGCAUUAACCUCUUCUCGGGUGCCUCUUCAGGUAUCCUCGGCGCCGCCGCCGGCUCGCCCUUCUUCCUCGUCAAGACGCGACUGCAGUCUUACUCGCCCUUCCUACCCGUUGGAACCCAGCACCACUACAAGGGUGCUGCCGAUGGCAUGAGCCAGAUCUACCGCAACGAGGGCAUCAAGGGCCUCUACCGUGGUGUAGUGCCAGCAAUGAUCAGAACCGGCUUCGGUAGCUCGGUCCAGCUGCCUACAUACUUCUUCGCAAAGAGGCGGCUGGUGAAGCACUUCGGCAUGGACGAGGGCAUGCCGUUGCACAUUGCCAGCAGCACAGCGAGUGGCUUCGUCGUCUGCUGCGUCAUGCACCCUCCGGAUACCGUCAUGUCGCGCAUGUACAAUCAGACUGGCAACCUCUACAGUUCCGCAUUCGAUUGUCUGUACCGGACGGUCAAGACGGAAGGUCUUCUCGCCGUCUACAAGGGCUACUUUGCGCAUUUGGCGCGCAUUCUUCCCCACACCAUUCUGACCCUCACCCUCGCGGAGCAGACAAACAAGCUCAUGCGCAGAUUCGAAGACAGAGUCUUGUCGCCCGAACUGAAAGCGAAGAUAUAG